AUGAAACUGUUCUCCGUUGCAACUGUCCUUGCGUCGAUAGCCGCUACUACUGCGCGCACAUUUACUGUCUUCAAUGCGUGUCCAUUCACCAUCUGGCCAGCGAUGUUCACCGACUUGAACGUCGGUAGUGCAGUUCCAAAUUUCGCCAAUGGCUGGCAAGCGGCAUCUUUCACCAGCGUCUCUUUCAGUGUUCCAGACAAUUGGAGAGCAGGUCGAAUUUGGGCUCGACGUGACUGUAACUUUUCUCAGAAUCCUGGUCCUAACUCUUGUCUUGACGGUGGCUGCAACGGCGGGUUGGUCUGUGAUUCACGCACAGGAACCGGUGUGCCCCCAGCGACCCUCGCAGAGUGGACGUUGUCCGCCGAUCCCAACAUUCCAGAUAACUACGACCUGUCUCUUGUCGACGGCUACAACCUUCCUGCACGGAUCUCAAACAACAAGGGUUGCCCUGUCGCACAGUGCAACGUCGAUUUGGGUCCCAACUGCCCUGCUCCCCUUAAGGGACCUUUCGAUUCAACUGGAUUCCCAGUUGGCUGCAAAUCGGCGUGUGUAGGUCUCGCAUCGUUUUUUUCCUGGACAGGUGACUCUGCUAACUGCUGUUCCGGAAGCCACAACACACCGCAAACCUGCCCGUCCUCCGGUGUUCAAUUUUACAGUUAUUUCAAGAGCAACUGCCCUACGGCAUACGCCUAUGCGUUCGACGAUGCUACGGCGUUGUUUACGUGCCCUUCCAGCGCGAAGGCUGAUUAUACCCUUACCUUUUGCCCAUGA